AUGAUGGAGGAAGAAAUGGAUAGGUUCCAAGUACCCCCAGUAACAGAGACACAGCCCUUGGACCCAGCAGCAUCCGACACCUCUGAGGCCGACUCUGACACUAGAGAAGGUGAGACGGUGGCCAUGAACUACAAGCCCUCCCCACUGCAAGUGAAAAUAGAGAAACAGAGAGAGCUGGCCAGGAAGGGAUCAGUAAAGAAUAGCCCCAUCAACCACCAACCAAAGAAGAACAACGUCAUGGCCAGAACACGUUUGGUGGUGCCAAACAAAGGCUACUCCUCUUUAGACCAGACCAGCCCGGAUGAGAAGCCCCUGGUAACACUGGACACAGACAGUGAUGAUGACUUUGACAUGUCCAGAUACUCUUCGUCUGGAUACUCCUCCGCCGAGCAGAUCAACCAGGAUCUCAACAUCCAGCUUCUGAAGGACGGUUACCGGCUCGACGAAAUCCCUGACGACGAAGAGCUGGAUCUGAUCCCGCCCAAAUCAGUCAACCCUACCUGCAUAUGCUGCCAAGUCACCACCUCCUCAGCCUGCCAGAUCCAAUAG